UUGUCUAUAUUUUGGUUGGCAGGUGGGAACGGAUACAAGAAGACACUUGAAGAGCUGACGAAAUUCCAAAACGCAGAGAGACCUUUUGGCGAAGACUUCCUCAGCAUGUUCCAGAAUAUUUACAAACAGCAGAUAAUAAUGCUUGAGACGAUUCAGGUUCGUAAGAACAAGCUCGACAAGAAGCUCAAGCGUGUCCAGACAUGGCGAAAACUCUCCAGCAUCAUCUUCGUGGCUACCUACGCCACUGUGCUCAUCUGCGCUGUUGUGGCUGCGGCUAUGUUUGCUCCUCCUCUGGCUGCGACUCUCGUUACGGCCGCAGUGCCAAUGGGUGCCAUGGGGAAAUGGAUAGACUCGAUGUGGAAGAACUAUGAGAAAGGACUCAAAGGACAUAAAGGGGUGAUCGAGUCGAUGGAGGUGUCGACAACUGUAGCACUCAAGGAUUUGGAUGAUAUCCGCUCGUUGAUCGAAAAGCUGGAUAAUGAUAUCAAGAGCAUGGUGAAGGGUGCGGAAGAUGCGGUGGAGUUUGGUGCAGUCAAGGUUCGGAUCAUUGCCAUCGAGAAGAUUCUUUCGGAGUUUACCAAGAAAGUUGAAGAAUUGGAGACUCGGGUUGAUUUGUGUACCAGACAUGCUACACGGGCAAGGACUGUGAUUAUCCAGAGGAUCAUCAACUACCCCAAGAAGGAUAGUAGCAAAAAAUAAACAAAAUUAACUCAAAUUUCUCUUCUAAUUAAGCUUUCAGCUGCAAAUUAUG